AUGGCUCCCAUCCGUCGGCACCCAUGGCAGGUGAGCCUGCUUUUGACUAUCCUUUGCUACGUGGUCCUACAUUCGCUGCAUAAUAGACGGAAUGAGCUGAGCUCGUCUGCUGCCUCACGACCACCGCGCUCUGUUAUGCGACCGUCCGACUUUGCGCAACACGAGCGGCAAUGGAGGCCGUCCGACGACAACUUCCCGCACCCCCUUGAGCCCGCGGGACCGGGCACAAUGCGCGAUAUGAGGGAAGAAAAGUUCUACCUUGGCGGAGUGGCCACAGUACAACCGUGGGACGAGUCCCUGCCGCCCGCACUGGCCGUCUACGACCCAUACCCUGAUUACAAUACUCGCGAAUGGAGUAAGGAAUGGAAAGGUAAAUUUAAAGCUUGCGAGGGUCCACGUGGACGGGCUUUGGAUCGACGGAGCGCCGAGGAUAUGGUUCGCGCCUAUCCGGGCGUACAGGAGGGCUUUCCCUAUCCCAAGUAUGGCUCCUACGAGGCUCUCGGGCUGGAUGGAUACACCUGCGCAACCCGUGCCUCCCGCCUCAGUGCAUACGGCUACUCCGAGGAUAGCUCAGACUCAACCUCGAACCCCGACGCUGUACCGUGGGAUACCGUUAACUGGGGAACGCUGCAGUCGCAAUGUUUCGAGCAUAAUGCGAACCGAUAUUACAAGCCCAGAAAAACGCCGCGCCCGAGUAUCCUGCCCCUGAACCCGAUCCAAUCCGAUCCACCGCCAGAUGAAGACCAAGGUCAAUCCUCGCCGACUCCAAAGAAGCGGUCGGCGGUGAUACUCCGCGGAUGGCAUGAUAUGGUGUGGACCGAGAACCUCAAGCAGCAUGUUCGGUCGCUCAUCAUGGAGCUGUCGCUGCAUUCUGGUGGUGAAUAUGAGGUGUUCCUGCUCACCCACGUGAAGGACAACGACCUCCUCUUGUAUGCCACCGACGAGGGCAAGAUCCAAGAACUCAAGGAGAGGUUCAUUCCGCCUGAGUUCUGGGACAUUACAGUUUUAUUCAAUGAGCGGACGUUGCAAAGCUGGUAUCCCAAGGUGGACGAGCACCGACCCGUCUACCAAUACCCGCAACCGCUCCAAAUCUUCUCCACCGUCUUCCCCGACUUCCACUACUACUGGCAGUUCGAGCUGGACGCCCGCUUCACCGGCCACAGCUACCCCUUCCUCGAGCGCGCAAGCGACUUCGCAAAACAGCAGCCGAGAAAAUACCUCUGGGAGCGCAACGCCUACUUCUACAUCCCCGGCGCACACGGGAACUGGGACGAAUUCAAACACAUGGUCGACGAGUCCCUGCGGACCAAAAACGACGCCACCGUCUGGGGUCCCGCGCCCCCCUUCGACUGGAUCAAGCCCGUCGGCCCUGAGCCUCCCGUCCCAAGCCCCAAAAACGACAACUACGAAUGGGGCGUCGGCGAGGAUGCAGACCUCAUUACCUUUUUACCUAUCUUCGAUCCCGUGGAGACAACCUGGGUCUUCUGGGACAAGCUCUGGAACCUCCCGCUCGAGGAAACAACGCGGCGCACAUCGCCUGUGAUGAUGGGUCGGUAUUCCCACCGGUUACUCCAACUCAUGCACAAUGCACAAAUAGACGAAGGCGUCGCGCUCGUUUCAGAAAUGACACCAUCAUCCUUUGCGCUCUGGCACGGCCUCAAAGCCGUCUACGCCCCGCACCCGAUCUACGCAGACGGGAAGUGGACGCCCAAGGAGCUGAACGGCAUCGUGAAUAAAGCUGCCGGUGGCCCAGCCAAGAUCAACGGCGGCAAAGACAGCUUCUGGAACUGGGACCAUAAGCUCGAUCAUAUCGUCUACCGCAUGAGUUAUAUGUUUACCGGGCAGCCCGGGGAGGACUUUUAUCGGCGCUGGCUUGGGUAUAGGGUUGAUCCGGGGCAGUAUACGGAUGGGAGUCGGCACCAAGAUGCGUGGGGACUGAACUGGUAUGAUGGUGGGGAUUUGAGGGAGGAUCUAUACGGACCACUCUGCCUGCCCUCUAUGCUGCUACAUCCGGUUAAGAAUACCGAGCUGAAGAAGGGACCUGAUAUGGCGGUUCCGGUCUAA